AUGUAAGAAGGUGUUGAAUAGCUUAGGUUUGCUCCUAUACAGAACAUGCUGGUGUUCCUUUCUCUGUCUCCUGGGGAAGCUCAAGUGCACAUUACAGUAGAGAACAGCCUUAUGUUGGGAUAUAAAGGUCACAAGUGUUUCCUUUCACCUCUCCAGCUGGGAGUCAGGCUGACGUACACGGGAGGUGGCAAGAAGUCUUUGCAAACAAAAGGAGCUUUUUCUUGAGGGAGACCUGCAGAUCAGUCAGUCCUUUCUGCGUGGGGUCUGUAGCCUUUUUGUCCAGCUCUAGCAGAGCUGAUUUCCUCCUCUGGAGAAGAAUUGGUGCUGUUCCUGCAUUCCACAGACUCUUCAUUGCUCUGUGUGGGAGACCUCCGGCACCAGCAGUGUGUUGUAUCCAGCUCUGUGACAAUACACUGGUUGCUCACCUCCCAUUAAACAUUUCCAGUGUGAAUAUCAGGUGAAGGAGGAGAAGAGUGUCUGAAUACCAAUGAAUGAGCUGUGAUGGAUAACAAGGACUCAGAAGCUGAGAUCCACCCUCUGAAGACUGAGGAUGUAAAAGCUCAGGAGAACCAUGAGCACUUCGUGGAGAGAAGGAUUGUCAAGGCCUCAGGGCUGUCCCGGCUGUCCCGGUGGCGCACUGCUGCCUUCUUCAUCUCCCUGUUCCUCUGCCUGAUCAUUGUGUUUGCUUUCUCCUUCAUCAUUCCCUGCCCAGAGAGGCCAGUUUCAGAAAAAACAUGGUUCCAGUACUACAACAAUGCAGUGCCCUACCCGUUCCUUGCUAUAGAAGAUGUGAAUGAAGACAGAGUACAAGAUGUGCUCUUUGCUAUUAAAUCCAGCAAUGGCAGCAGCAGGUUCAACACGUCCUGUCUGGAUGAAGGGCUGCCGUCUCCCUGUGCCUUCGUUGCUGCCGUGUCUGGCACCAACGGCAGCGUGCUCUGGGAGAACCCUGCUGCACAGGACCUGCAGUGGCUGCAGUGUGGCAUCCAACAGCUGGGCACAGCUGCAGCCCCGGGCUGCCUCGUGGUGGAGAAGCCUCUGUCCCUUACAGCACUUGACCUUCGGACAGGGGAAGUUCUGUGGAGGCAAUCCCAUGACUUUGGAGCUAAUUAUACUCUGCUGACUCCUUUGUCAGUGAUUCCAGAUAUUGAUGAAGAUGGAGUUCAGGACCUGAUAAUCUUUACUGCUGAAAGAGGCCAGGUUAAGGUCUUCAUCCAUUCAGGAAUAAAUGGCCAGCAGAUUGGCACCACUGGCAGUCUGAGCAUGGAUGGCAACGCUCGCUACAUCAGGCUGCACCUGCACUCCUCCUCCUACUUCCUCUUCUACACAGAGAACUCUCUCUAUGCAUAUUCCCUGAAGGAUCUGUGCAGUACAGCAAUUGGGAUGGAAGUUAAGGUUUCUGACUUCCAGCUGGAUUCUCAGUGGGAGAAGCACAUUGACCACACCACGCACCGCUUAGAACUUCUGUCCCUUCUCAGGUUUGGAGACAUUCACUACCUGGCAAAAGUUCCUGGGCACUCACGGGACAACAUCUUGAUUGUGAACUCAGAUAUGGCUAAACUGAUUCACACAAAAGAUCUCCACGUUGCUUGGACCCUCAAUGUGUCACGUCUUUUGAGUGAGCCGCUGCUCGGUUACUACAAACCUGAUGACCAUGGUAUUAUCCUGGAGAGUGAAAUUGGACCCAACAGGAAGAAGAUUAUGAUUGUUGAGAGUGAAUCUGGAGCAGUCCAGUGGGAGCUGAAGCUGAACUCAAGAGCAGGGAGCCCUGGCCCAGCCACACUUCCAACUGCAGAUCACCGCUCUGCCUUCCUCAUGUGGGGAGACUACCAGGAGCCAGGCAAUGAGACAAGACACAGAGCUCCUCUCCAGAAGCUGUACCUUUUCCAUCCUUCCUACACUAACGUCCUGUUGGAGCUCCGCAACAGCACAGACCAAAUCUCUGCCUUCACUGCGGCGCUGUUCGAGCGGAGCCGCCACGCCUGCUACGUGCUGCUGCGGGGCCCCCAGCCCAGCCAGGGGCCAGGCCCCGUGUCCCUGAUGAAGAGGAAGCUGAAGGAGGAUGUCUCAGUGAGCAGGGUGAUCUGGCUGCGCCACAUGGCCGGGGACGACGAGCAGCACAUCCGGGACCGGCUGUACAGGAUGCGAUUCCAGAGCCGAGACUGAGCUUGGGCAGAGGCUGCCCUGCUCUGCAGCCCUGCUCUCAACAAGCCCAGAGCCUGGAUUCCAGUGGGAAGCUGCCUUUCUUGAUCUGCAAACCAAAACGUGGCUGGCAGGGAAGCACCCCAGUGUCCAGGGACACCCAGGCUGUGGGGGCAGCUGCCAGAGUGUCCAUCCUCAGAGCUGAUGGGACUUCAGUGCUUGGCCACCACUGAAGUGUCAUCAGCUCAGGGAGGAGGGCUUCCCUCCAUCCCUGUGUGCCUGCAGAACUGUGCUGACUCAGGAGUGUGUCUGGAGGAAAACAUGUAGCUGCUGAGAUGCCAGAGUUGAUGAUUUCUGGGAUCUCUGAGAAGUGGAGUUGGAUGUCUGAGAAGUGGAGUUCUCUGUGUGGUAUUAGAUUUCCUUUCUGAGUCAGCUCUCCUGGCUGGGAAGAGGUGCUUGGCUGCAGGCUGGUUUGCAAUUACCCUCUCCUGGAUUUGGGCCCCGUUUCAGUAGUGGUGGGGGUGUGUGGUGACCCAGCCAUGGCUGUGCUGUGUCUGAUGUCACUUGGGCCAGCUAAGCACAGGUUAAAGUGUUGUUCUACUUAGCAAAUGGCCUUUUCUCCCAAGAACAGCCCCACAUGUCCUACUCUGCAGUCACCAGCCUACCUGUGUCCUCUGCUGCUUCCUUCCCAGCCAGGCUGUGCAGUGUUGGUGACCCCGAGAGGGAGCUGGUCUCCCACCUGGUGGAUGCAUCAAUGUUCCUCCCUUCCCUCAGUCUGCUUGUAGGUGGUGGGACCCACCCUGAGCCCAGGCUGGCUGGUCUCUGCAGGUAACACCACCACCUGUCCAGGUUUAAGGAACCUGAGGAUCUGGCUUGAGUAGAAUUGCACUUUAACCUUUUCUGGGAGCUGGGAUUGCUGCUCUGGGUAGCCCUGUACCCAGUGGCAAUGCCAGCACCCUGCUGAUUCAGCCUUGCAGCUGCUGAGGAGUCUUCUCCAAACACUGUCCCUGCUUCCAGGAGGUGGGCAGGAGCUCUGUGCUGCCUCCCUGCCCUUGGAAUUGAUGUUGGGUGAGGAUCCUCGAGCACUCUUCUCUCUGCCCAGCCUGGUCUCCCCAGGGGAUGGGACAGGUUGUGUGAAGAUGACAUGUUUCUCCUGGAGAUUCAUGUAGCAGCACCAUGAGGUGUUACUCUGCCCUGUCCUGAUGGGUGCCAGUGCAGGCUGUAGAAACAAGGUGCAGAGCCUUGAAAACAGUUUGAACCAGCUGCUCAGUCCUGAAAAUAAAAAUAGGCCUAAAAAUAACCUCUAAAGCUCUGCAGUGCUGGAGGGGGUUUGGCCAGUGCCUCCCUCCCUUGCUGAGUCUGACACUGGGCAAUGUGUAGGAACACUGUAGGAUAGGAAUGUGCAGCAUCAGGCAUCAGCUCUUCCUUCAGCCACUGCUGAUCCCAAAUGUGGCACUGGGCAGCUGCUGUCACCAGCCCCAGGCUGACAGCACGGGGAGCUGGGCUGCCUGGACACCUCCUGCUUCCAGCUGACCAGUGGCUGCCUAAAGGGUGCCCUGUGACCCUGUGCCCCAUGACCCAUGUUCCUGGCAGUCCAGGAGCCAGUCCUGGGGUGUCCUGGCUGGGCAGGAAGCCAGGGAUGCUCUCUGCAGAGUGUUCCACAACCUUCAAAGCACCCUGGGCUCAAAAUGGUAAGGUUGCCUCUCUCUCUCUCUUCCCAGCUGUUUUCUGAGGGAGUCAGGGAGUGCAGGGGGGCUCCCCAGCUGUGUCCCCACCUUGGGUUUCCUCUUUGUUCAGCACCUUAGGCCUGACAGCCCCCAGGUCCCUGUGCCAGUGAUGCAGCCAUAAGAGGCUGGAUUGCGGCUGUCCUUCAGCCUGCUGGGGCAGGGCACAGGGCAGGGGACCCCCAGGCUUGCACUGUAGUCCAGCCUGAGUGUUGGAUGUGGAUUGUUUCCUGCUGAGAUUCCCCUGGUUGGGAGCAAGGGGCUUGGGCUGUAUUCUUACUGCACUCUCCCUCCUCAGACCUGCCCUUCCCAUAGGCACACUGAAUGUUCCUUGAGGAGAGCUGGAUUUUCAGCUUUGGGGAGCUUUUCUGGCUUUAAGUUGUCCAGUAAUGUUUCUGGACAGUUUGGAAAUGCAGAUUUCGCCAUGGCAGCUCAAUUAAACGCAUCAGUGCCAAACCAGCACCUUCUUAACAAAACCAGUCUGUUUUCCAGCUUAUUUCUUGUGUAAUUGUUUUUGGGUUUUUUUUCAGUAUUUCAUGAAUGAUUUUGUGCCUUGAUUCAAUAAUUCAGCUGGGUGGCAAUGGCUAUAUCACUGUGUUAUGUGUUAGUGUGGUUUUUAACACUGAGACUGUUUGGUUUGGUUCUUUAACUUAUUGCAAAUUGUGCCGUACAGGACUUGCUCUAACCAGAAUGGUUUCAAUAAACCCUCUUUUGCAUUGUUUGUAAA